GUCCCGGUCCGCCCAGAGGGGCAGGGCGCUGUGACGCACAUUGACAGCGCCGGAAGGGUCGGCAGUAGCGGUGGGCAGCAUGGGAAAGCAAAAGAAGGCGCGGAAGUAUGCGGUGAUGAAGCGCAUGAUCAGCCUGCGUGACCAGCGCAUAAACGAGAAGGAACGGGCCAAGGCCCCCGCCAAGAAGAAGGAGGAUCCGAGCGCCAUCAAGGAGCGGGAGGUCCCCCAGCACCCUUCCUGUUUGUUCUUCCAGUACAACACACAGCUGGGGCCUCCUUACCAUAUCUUGGUGGAUACCAACUUCAUCAACUUCUCCAUCAAGGCCAAGCUGGACCUUGUGCAGUCUAUGAUGGACUGCCUCUAUGCCAAGUGUAUUCCAUGUAUCACAGAUUGUGUAAUGGCUGAAAUUGAGAAGCUAGGACAGAGGUAUCGUGUGGCAUUAAGAAUUGCCAAGGACCCUCGGUUUGAGCGUUUGCCGUGUAUGCACAAAGGAACCUAUGCAGAUGACUGUUUGGUACAGAGAGUCACUCAGCACAAAUGUUACAUUGUAGCCACAGUGGAUAAAGAGCUCAAGCGGAGAAUACGAAAAAUUCCAGGAGUGCCCAUAAUGUAUAUUUCCAGACACAGAUACAAUAUUGAGAGGAUGCCAGAUGAUUAUGGAGCUCCUCGGUUCUAACCCGUCCACCCAAGCCAUGAAUGCCAGGGCUCCUUUUUGUUUCCAGCCCUCCAGCUUUCCUCCUUGCUGGAACCCUGUCUGCAGGAUAUCAGACUGAUCUUGAUCUUCUAGGAAAAAAAAAACCAACUUUGUGGAAGAGUCUGUUUUUAUUCAUCCUUUUUCUUACUGCACCUGAUAAUCCAUAGCUUGGAGAAGGAUAUCAGAACAAGAGAGCUCUAUGAUCGAGAAUGUGCCAAUCUCCCUCUUUGUUCUCACACAGUGACAGGUUUAACCAUUCUGAAUUAACUACUGGUGAUAGUCCAACUAUGACUGAGGGUGGAACCACAGAUGUAUUGGAAGGUUCUUAUCCCUGCAUCUGCAGCAGGAUGAGUAUUCCUUUGGUGAACUCCUCCUCAUCUUCCCCAGAAGGAAAUUGGAAUCUGAAUGCUGGGGGAAAGCAAUCAAGACUGCAUCAGUAGGUAUCCUUCUAUGGAGCCAUGGUCUGGUAGACUUUAAUUGAGAGUUGGUUGGCUUUUAUUCAACUGUAUCUCAAUACAGCAAAUGAAAUCAA